GGUCCUUCUGGCUUUGCCUGGAAAGAAUGCCCUCCCCACCCGCUCUGGUUCCAGCCCACCACCCUUACAGGCCUGCAAAGCUCCUGCUUCAACUCUGGACUUUGUACCAGUCACCGGACAUUCAGUUGUUUAUCAGCCUGAGCAUCUGCCCGCUGAGGUGUCUGCCUCUCUAGGGGCCGCUGGACCCUUCUCUGGAUCCCAGCUGUACAAACCCCCAGCAUUGGGGGGUGAGGGUGAGGUCUACACCCAUAAAGUUCUUGGCAAAAGCCUGGGGGAGACGUAGAAUGAUCCCUCCCCACUGGAGGCGCUGCCGCAGCCCGCCCCUCUGCCCGACCUGCAACUUCGGCCCCGCCCACUGCCUCCGCAGGACGUCUCUCCUGCUCCCCUCGUUAAUGUCACAAGCACCACACUGAGCGGCUGAGUGCCCAGCUCCCUGCAGCACGAGGGUACAGAUCCAUCAGCCAGCACUUGACCACGGGGAGCUGCCCGCCUAGCAAUGACUGGUUCUGACUGAUGGUUGACUGGGCAGGAUGGUGACAGGUCACCCAGGGACUUGUGCCCUGGGGCUGCCUGGCAUCUGGGGGCGUCCUCAGAGCCAGGGCUCUUUCUGGUUGAGGCUGAGACUCACUGGUGUCAUCAGGCCCCUCCAUGAAUGAGACAAACAAAACACUUGUGGGGCCCUCGGAGCUCCCCACAGCAUCUGCUGUGGCCCCUGGCCCAGGCACUGGGGCUCGGGCGUGGCCUGUGCUGGUAGGAUUUGUGCUGGGGGCUGUGGUCCUCUCGCUCCUCAUCGCACUGGCUGCCAAAUGCCACCUCUGCCGCCGAUACCAUGCCAGCUACCGGCACCGCCCACUGCCUGGGACAGGAAGGGGGGGCCGCCCACAGGUGGCUGAAGAUGAGGAUGAUGAUGGCUUCAUCGAGGACAAUUACAUUCAGCCUGGGACUGGCGAGCUGGGGACAGAGGGUAGCAGGGACAACUUCUCCCUCUGAGCUCCCAUCUUUGGACUCUCCCCAUUCCCUCCAUGCCUGACAGCUUAAGGACAGUGGUUAUGACACGGGGGUUCCUCGAACCUCAGGGACAGAGGUGGCUGGGGCUUAAAGGUUGGUCAGGGAUGGAGUAAACCUCACUUUCCUGACACUAGCCAGCAAAGUGACAAUGACCCUCCCUUGCUCAAUAACUCUCAAUGGUUCCCUGCUGUUCUCAGGAUAAAGCCAAACAAAGGCUUGAGUGUGGCUAUAAGGCCCUCUGUGAUCAUG